AGAAGCCAUUUUGAUCGAAUUCAUCAUGGUCUCCCGGGAAUUGGUGCAGUGUCACAAAGGUCCUAUGCUGAUCAAGUUGAUGCGGAUGUCACGGUUAUUGGCUCUGGUCCCGGAGGGUAUGUUGCUGCUAUCAAAGCAGCUCAGCUUGGAUUUAAGACUGUCUGUGUAGAGAAAAAUGAAACACUAGGUGGAACCUGUUUGAAUGUUGGGUGUAUUCCAUCCAAGGCCUUGCUGAACAACUCGCAUCUGUAUCACUUGGCCCAUGGAAAAGAUUUUGCUAAUAGAGGAAUUGAAAUUGCAGGAAUACGUUUGAAUCUAGAGAAGAUGAUGGAACAGAAGAGUGGUGCAGUGAAGGCCUUAACAGGUGGAAUUGCUCAUUUAUUUAAACAAAACAAGGUUUUACAUGUAUCUGGGUUUGGAAAAAUAACUGGCAAAAACCAAGUCACUGCAACCAAAGAAGAUGGCAGCACCCAAGUCAUCAACACAAAGAAUAUUCUGAUAGCCACAGGCUCAGAAGUUGCUCCCUUCCCUGGAAUUACUAUUGAUGAAGAUAAUAUCGUGUCAUCCACUGGUGCGCUGUCACUGAAAAAAGUUCCAGAAAAGAUGAUUGUCAUUGGUGCAGGAGUCAUUGGUGUGGAACUGGGUUCAGUUUGGCAGCGCCUCGGUGCAGAUGUGACAGCUGUUGAGUUCAUGGGCCAUGUUGGUGGAAUGGGAAUUGACAUGGAGAUCUCUAAAAACUUCCAACGUAUUCUUCAGAAACAGGGAUUUAAAUUUAAACUGAACACCAAAGUUACUGGUGCUACCAAGAAACCAGAUGGAAAAAUCGAUGUGGCGUAA